AUGACGGAAUGGCGACAUCCGGUCAACGGGCGGCUGUUCCACAUCGAUCUGCGUACAGGUCAUAGCGUCGCCAUUGGUGGUCGAUCAGCGGCGGACAGUGGUAGCGCUUCGACAACGGUGCUCACAGCAUUUUCCCCUGUGAGGCGCCCGUCUUUGAGAAAGCUCGAUCUGGGGACAAGUACUCUUCGGAAGGCAGCAGUCUUCGACGAUGCAGGCAGUGUCGACGAAUUUGACGAUCCGGUCCUUGACGCUGCCCUAGCUGCCAUUCCAUCGCCGACCUCGAGAGCGCCUCCGGAUGUUCAGAAUCUCUCCUUUGACUCUAGCUGCCCCGGCUCUUCUCUAAUGCAGACUUGUGCCCGACCACGCGACGUGGUAGAGAAGCAUGAAAACGCCACCUUAUCAGGGACAACCACUCUCGAGCUCGCCAUCACGCGUUCAGCGCUGCAACAGGCCAACGUAAUCGAUCAGAUGGACAGCAAGUUCAUUCUCUGCUGCACUGCGUCGACGGUGCCUGGGACAGGCAUGAUCAUGUUUUGCGUCGAUCAGCACGCUGCAGAUGAGCGAUACCGCCUUGAACGGCUGCUGGACAAGUAUAUCGCCGACUGCAUCGCUGGCACCGCUGCCCACCCACUCCCUUCGAGCCUGACUCUGACGAUCACCACCGAGCAGCAAGCGCUCAUCAAAGGCAGUUCCGCCAUUACCACCGGCCUGGCGAGGAUGGGCUGGUCGAUCAAGGACGCCUUUCUCAUCCAUUCCAAGCUUGGACAUGCGCAGGUUGAUCUCGGCGGUGUACCUUAUGUUCUCAAGGAUAAAGCGUUGACCGAACGGGGCAGCAUCAAGGAUAUGGGAUUGCUGGAGAGGACCUUUGCUGAAUGCUUGGACGAGGCCGCGUCGUGGGCUGACGCGAUUGCGAAGCAUUUGGACUGGCUGACAUUGUCGCGAUUUAUGCCUGGCUCGCUGAUGAAUGUCAUCAAGAGCACAGCCUGUCGCAGUGCCAUCAUGUUCAAUGAUGCGCUGAGCAGGGAGGCGAGCGAGCGGCUGGUGAGGCGUCUGGGCGAGUGCAGGUUUCCGUUCCAGUGCGCGCAUGGUCGGCCCAGCUUGGUGCCUUUGUGCGGUGUUAAAAUGGUGCAGCACAGAGAAGAGGACACCACCACUCAGGGACUCAGCACCACGCUCAAUCGACCCUCGCAAUGA